CACACUCCCUCCUCAGUUAUCUGUCUCUCCUCUACUGUCGCUCUGACACACACACACAGAGGGAGGCAGAUAACUCUGUGAUUCCACUGCUGAAUUUUUAACGCUGUUGUGGAACUUUUUUUCCCAGGCGGGUUACUGUGGCACCGGGGUACUGUUACACAGACAAAGAAAGAGAGACAGGGUUCAGUUCACUUCUGCUGUUUACUGUGGUUGGACGGAAACCAGACUGUUCAUGGGGUGUCCGCAACAUGACCCUCAACACCCAGAGAGAGAAGUCGCCCCUGCAGCGGCGAGGCAGCACCCCGAUUCCUCCAGCCCACUUCUACCAGCACCCAUCCUGGACUCGGGACCACCGGUUCCCCGGCAGUAUCCAGCCCGACCCUGAGCAACCCUGUCCCCAGCGCAGUCAUCCUCCUUUGGGAAAGUCGGCGUCCUACCACCCUGGAGACAAGUCCCUCCACUAUCGCGCCCAGUGGAGUUCAGACUCGGAGGACGAUUCACAGAGCGACUUGGAUUGUGUUUACAGAGUAGUGUUGCUAGGCGAUCAUGGCGUAGGAAAGACCAGCCUUGCAGGAAUCUUUGCCGGGAUCACAGAGAAAGAUGAACAACCUGGAGAGGACACAUAUGAGCGGACACUGACAGUAGAUGGAGAAGAAACCACACUAAUCGUCAUGGAUACCUGGGAGAACGAUAAACUGGAGGGGGAGGACGAUUUCUCACAGGAUGAAUAUCUGAAGGUCGGGAGUGCUUAUGUCAUCGUCUACUCCGUCACCGACCGCUCCAGCUUUGACUCUGCCUCUGAGCUCCGUAUCACACUGCGACGCAUCCGCCAGGCCGAAAACAUUCCCAUCAUCCUUGUGGGCAACAAGAGUGACCUGGUCCGAUCCAGAGAAGUUGCUGUGGAAGAGGGCCGAGCCUGUGCUGUGGUGUUUGACUGUAAGUUCAUUGAGACGUCGGCACCUCUGCAGCACAAUGUGGCCGAGCUGUUCGAAGGCGUGGUCCGACAGAUCCGCCUCCGUCGGGACGGCAGCGAGGCCGUCCAGCGCCGACGCUCAAUCUACAAACGCAAAGAGAGCCUUACCCAGAAGGCUCGGCGCUUGCUGGACCGGCUGGUAGCACGCAACAACCAGCGCAUGGCAGUCAAAGUGCGGUCCAAGAGCUGCCACGACCUGGCUGUCCUCUGAGGACAUGUGCCUACCAGGAGCAUCAGGCUGGACUUUCUUUGACUCGUUGAAGUUCCCUUUGGUUGUGAUACCGUGGACGAUGGUGUCUGCAGUGAUUUUCAUUCUUAGCAAGUCAGCAGCAAACUGAAUCAGUGGACAGUUACAUACUGUAAGUCGCUGUGAUCACUGUGAGCAACUCAUUGUCCUGUUUGACCAUUUGGUCUUCUAAUAUUUGUGACUUUUACUCUGGAUGACCUAAAUUUAAAACUUCAGACUGACUGUAAAGGAUCAUCACUGUCGGGUUAAAGGUUGGAUGAGUGUUCAGUGUGUGUGUGUGUGUGUGUGUGUCUGUGUAUGAACAGGUGACCAGUCAGGAUGUCCUGUAGUUUCCACUGAGUCCACUGUGCUGUUCUUCUGCGGUUUCUACUGUUUUCAGUUCAACACUGUGCAGAAUAAAGUCUUAAAGGAACAUUCCUCAAUAAAAAUUUUUUUUUUU